AGCUGCGAAGGGCUGCCUUUUAAUUACAUCCGAACUGCGAACACGCUGGGAUUAAAAAAAAAAGAGGAAAAAUGCGCACUUAUUCUGCGCGGACUUGAAUCUCGAAGGACUUUGUUCUGGAGGCGAGCAGCCGGAGAGAGAAGAAAAACAAAUUAAUUCAGUGGGAAUGCAGGGAAUUAAAUAGAGACUUAGUCCUUUUUUUUUUCUUUUUCUUUUUUUUUUGCGUGACUACAAGUGUGCGCGGCUCUGCAGAAGAAGCCUGACAAGAGACGAAGAGAACUUGAGUGAAACGUUGACUUCAGCUCCCGUCUGGAGUGGUAAUGUCUUGAACUGGUGGCCCCUCCAGCCCAGUGAAGGACGUGCCAGUGCCGGGCCGCUGCUAAUGGGAACUCCUGCUCCGCCAUGAGCUCUCGUGAUGGCGUUGGCGGUGUCGGUGGAAUGGGCACGCUGGGCCGGCGGCAGCGCUUCGAGAACUCAGAGUUCACCGUGCGCAUCUACCCGGGCGCUCUGGCCGAGGGCACCAUCUACUGCCCCAUCAGCGCCCGCAAGACCACCACAGCCGCUGAAGCCAUUGAACGCGUCAUUGAACGGCUGCAGCUGGACCGCACCAAGUGUUAUGUUCUGGCCGAGGUGAAGGAAUUCGGUGGGGAGGAAUGGAUCCUCAACCCCUGCGACUGUCCCGUGCAGAGGAUGAUGCUCUGGCCUCGAGUGGCGUUGGAGCACCGGCCGCUCUCCGGCGGCGAGGAUUACCGUUUCCUCCUCAGGCAGAAGAACCUGGACGGCUCAAUCCACUAUGGCGGCAGCCUCCACAUGUGGCUGCAGGUCACGGAAGAGCGCCGGCGAAUGGUGGAGCGAGGACUGCUGCCACAGCCUGAAUCUCAGGGUGACCACGCAGAUCUGUGCUGCCUGCCGGAGCUCAACGAGCGCUCGCUGCUGGACAACCUGCGCUCGCGCUUCCGCCAGGAGAAGAUCUACACUUACGUGGGAAGCAUCCUCAUCGUCAUUAAUCCCUUCAAGUUCCUGCCCAUCUACAACCCCAAGUAUGUGAAGAUGUAUGAUAAUCAUACGCUGGGAGAUCUGGAGCCGCAUAUUUACGCCGUGGCAGAUGUCGCUUACCACGCCAUGCUGCAGAGACAGAGGAACCAGUGCAUAGUUAUAUCUGGGGAGAGCGGCUCUGGGAAGACGCAGAGCACGAACUUCCUCAUUCAUCAUCUGACCGCUCUCAGUCAGAAGGGUUUCGCCAGCGGAGUGGAGCAGAUAAUCUUGGGGGCCGGGCCAGUAUUAGAGGCAUUUGGGAACGCCAAGACGGCACAUAACAACAACUCCAGUCGCUUUGGCAAGUUCAUCCAGGUGAACUACCAGGAGAGCGGCACUGUCAGAGGAGCUUAUGUGGAGAAAUACCUCCUGGAGAAGUCGAGACUGGUCUAUCAAGAGCACAACGAGCGAAACUACCAUGUGUUUUACUACCUGCUGGCAGGAGCGAGUGAAGAAGAGAGGAUCGCCUUUCACCUCAAGAAGCCUGAAGAAUAUCAUUACCUCAGUCAGAUGACAAAGACAAGCCACCAACUGCACUGGGACAGUUACUGUGACAGUGAACCGGACUGCUUCACUGUGGAAGGAGAGGAUCUGAAGCACGACUUUGAGAGGCUUCAGCUGGCUAUGGAGAUGGUGGGCUUUCUUCCUGCCACGCGAAAACAGAUCUUCUCCCUGCUGUCGGCCAUCCUCCACCUGGGCAACAUCCGCUACAAGAAGAAAACCUACCGGGACGACUCCAUAGACAUCUGUAACCCAGAGGAGCUGCCCGUCGUCUCAGAGCUGCUGGAGGUCAAAGAAGAGAUGCUGUUUGAAGCUCUGACAACAAGGAAGACGGUUACUGUGGGAGAGAAGCUGAUUGUUCCCUACAAACUGGCCGAGGCUAAUACGGUGAGAGACUCCAUGGCGAAGUCCCUGUACAGCGCUCUGUUCGACUGGAUCGUCUUCAGGAUCAACCACGCUUUGCUCAACAUCAAGGACCUGGAGGAGACCACCAAGAUCUUGUCCAUCGGGGUGCUCGACAUUUUCGGUUUUGAGGAUUACGAGAACAACAGCUUCGAACAGUUCUGCAUCAACUUCGCCAACGAGCGUCUCCAGCAUUACUUCAACCAGCACAUCUUCAAACUAGAACAGGAGGAAUAUCGAGCCGAAGGCAUCAGCUGGAGGAACAUCGACUACAUCGACAACACAGGCUGCAUCAACCUGAUCAGCAAGAAGCCCACAGCGCUGUUCCACCUGCUGGAUGAAGAGUGCAAUUUCCCUCAAGCCACCAACCAGACUUUGCUGGAUAAGUUCAAGCGACAGCAUGAAGGGAACAGCUACAUCGAGUUCCCCGCCGUCAUGGAGCCCGCCUUCAUUAUCCGACACUACGCCGGCAAGGUCAAGUACGGCGUCAAGGACUUCAGGGAGAAGAACACGGAUCACAUGCGUCCGGACAUCGUGGCGUUACUGAAGAGCAGCAAGAACGCCUUCAUCUGCAGCCUGAUCGGCAUCGACCCGUCGGCCACGUUCCGCUGGGCGGUUCUCCGAGCCUACUUCAGGGCCCUGGUGGCCUUCAGAGAGGCUGGAAAGAGACACACGCAGAAGAAGACCGGGCAUGAUGACGCUGCUCCCUGUGCAGUAUUGAAAAGUGUGGAUAGUUUUAGCUUUCUGCAGCACCCUGUGCAUCAGAGAAGCUUAGAGAUCCUGCAGAGAUGCAAAGAGGAGAAGUACAGUGUGACCAGAAAGAGUCCACGUACGCCACUGUCAGACCUUCAGGGAAGCAACACCAUCAAUGAGAAAUCACCGCGAAGUUCUCCGGGCCUCGGCUGGAACGGCCGUGUGGGUCGACAGAGCCGCUUGUCGUCCACCAGCUCCGCCGCAGAAGAAGACGGCAUCUUUGUCAACUCCGCCAGCAGCAAACUCCUGGAGAGAGCUCACGACAUCCUCAUGAGGAACAAAAACUACAAAUCUAAGCCAGUUCUUCCGAAGCACCUGUUGAAUGUCAAGUCCCUGAAGUACCUGAGCAACCUGACGCUUCACGACCGCAUCACCAAGUCGCUGCUUCACCUCCACAAGAAGAAGAAACCACCCAGCAUCAGCGCACAAUUCCAGGCCUCCCUCAACAAGCUAAUGGAGACUCUGGGUCAGUCUGAGCCUUAUUUUGUCAAGUGCAUCCGUUCCAAUGCUGAGAAGCUGCCCCUCCGGUUUAAUGACAACCUGGUGCUCAGGCAGCUGCGGUACACAGGUAUGCUGGAGACGGUCCGCAUCCGGCAGUCGGGUUACAACGUCAAGUACAGCUUCAAGGAUUUUGUCCAUCACUUCUGUGUGCUGCUCCCAGAGGGCACCAGGGCGACCAGAGAAGGAAUCCAGCAGAGUCUGGACCAGCUGGACCUGCAGCCUGAUGGCUACCAAGUGGGAAAGACCAUGGUGUUUUUACGGGAGGCUGAGCGUCAGCGGGUGCAGGCGUUGCUCCACGGGGAAGUCCUCCGACUCAUCGUCAUGCUGCAGCGGCGGUUCAGAGCUCGGCUGGAGAGGAAGCAGUUUGUCCGGAUGAGGGAGGCAGCCAUCUGCAUCCAGAAAUGGUGGCGUUCGUACCGAUCCAUGGAAGAGGACGAGGAGGACUAUGACCCCAGCGUCCAGGAGGGGGCAGCUUUGUGCCUGCAGACGCACUGGCGAGGUUACAGGGAGCGCCAGAGGUUCAGGCUGUGGAGGGAAGCUGCUCUGGUGCUGCAGAGGGCUUGGAGGCUGUGGCUCUGUCGGCGCUGCACGGCAGCUCUGGUUAUUCAGACAGCCUGGCGCUGUCAUCGAGCCAGAGAGGCCUACCUGCACCUGUACGCUGCUGUCCUACAACUACAGGCAGUGGGCAGAGGCUACCUCACCAGGCAGAGCUUCAAGAAACUGAGAGAACAGAGACUGAGGGAGAAACAGGAGCAGGAGGAGAAGCUGCUUCAGCUGCAGAAUGGCCAGGUGAGCCUCUCACCAGAGGAGGACUCACCUGAGAGGAUCAUGGGGCUGGACCUCAGCACUUGGGAAGAUCGUUCCUAUGAGCAGCGAGAAAGAAGCCUCCAGAUCCUUAGCAGCCACAAGGAUGCGGUCAAGGAGGACGGAGAAGGAGAAGAUGCUACGACAAAAGCUCAAACUGAAGCGCCAACCUCAGUCCCAGCGUCCACUGUGGUGGUGCGAGAGAGAGCCAGAACUGUGGACGAGCCGAGCCAGAAAACCACCCGGGCCAAGAGGGAGAGCCGGCGGAUGAGAGAGCUGGAGCAGGCCAAGUUCAGCCUGGAGCUCCUGAAGGUUCGGGCGAAUAGCGGCGGAGCUUCUUCGCCUUCUGAGGAACAACGUCGCUGGUCUGUUGAGCUGGUGCCCCCAGCGAGCCCACCCAUUCGUUCUCCACAAGGCACGCCCGACAGCCAGAGCUCCAAAGGCAGCUUCGAGCUUCUCAUGAUGGAUGAGGAGCCGCCCAAGGCGACCGAGGAGGUGACAGACAGCGAGGACCCCUGUUCCCCUGUUCCCCCAGUCGCUCCAGCAUCUGAGCCUGACUUGGAGGUCAUUUCAACAAGCCCAAAGCCAGCUGAACCGCAGAAGACAGGGGUUUCUGAUGCCCCACAAGGCAGCCAGAGCCCAACCAAAAUGGAUCUAGCAGCCCCCACACAUCCGCCCAAGAUCGAGAACUACCUCCCAACCUUUUACGUCCCUGCUAGCGAGGGCAGCGCAGCAAUCUCCCAUCAUCCCACUGAGGAGCCUCAACAAAACAAAGAGGCAACCGUCUCUACAAGCACCACUGCCGUCGCCAAACCUGUCAAAGAGAGACGAGAGUCAGCACGUCGGCCAGUGGUGGUGGUCAUCAGCAUGCAGAAAGAAACGCCACUUAGCGAAGAGCUGGGUGGUAUCGCCUGUCCCCCCGUGGAAGUCCGAGAUUCUGCAGCCCAGACGGGGGAUUCAACACCUUCCAAACAGAAACCAGACCCUGCUGCUGUUUCUGCUGCCGUCCCUCAGGCCGACCAGACCGUCAUAGAGAAGCUGGUGCGACUGAACGAGGAGAAAGAGGAGAGGCAGCGAAACCAGCAACAGCAGAACGAAAAGGAGAUGAUGGAGCAGAUUCGACAGCAGAAGGAAGUUCUGGAGCGACAGCGGCUUUUCUUCGCCCAGUACGAGAGGGACAUGUUUGAGAAACAGAGAGGAGAGGCGCUGCACAGGAUCCAGCAGAGUCGGCAGGUUGGACAAGACCUCGGUGCAACUGCAACCUCCAGCAAACCCAUCAGACCCAGUUCGCUGCUGAUUGAGAGAGUGGCAGGAGCGGCUCCUCAUGUCAGAACGCAGUCAGAGUCGGGCUCAGAAGGCCGUAGAAGCUCCCCUCAUCCACAGCUGCCUCCUCCACCUGCUUCUGCCCCCAGAGAAAGGCGUAAGGAGGUCAGGCCUGCUGCUGAAGGAUGGGCGCCCAAACUCACGCUGGAGUCCAGAGAUGGAACCAGAGCGAGAGCAGCUGCCAAGAAGCCACCCAGUAGUCAAGGCACCGCUGUUAGCAUGACGGAUAAACCAGGCAACAUCUUCUUCUCUCCAAAGGACAAAGUCACAUUUACAAAUUUUGACGGCGAAGCAGCCAGUAAAGACAAAACUCCUGCAGCUGUUCCCAGAGAAGGACCAGCACCAGUCCCCAAGCCUUCUAAAGGAGUGAAAGGACGGGAUGUUGGCAGAGUUGGCCAAAAAAAGAAAGCCAGAAUGGCACGGACCCGCUCCGACUUCCUCACCCGCGCCCCCACCCUCUCAGUUGGGGGCGAUUCAGACGAGGAUGACUAUGAUGGCGACAGCCUCCCCAGCCCCCGACAUUACACCCUGCCCCUCUCCAAACAGAGCUCCACGGAGGCAGGCUUAAGAGAGUCCUGUUUCAGUGACUCAGACAUGCCUGGAAGCUCUGAGGAGCAAAAGAAGAUACACAAAGCCAUGUCGUCAGGAGAUUUGGGCAAAGUGGACUCGCUUCGCAAGAACUCGCAAGAUGGAAGGGUUCGUGGUAAGAUGCGUUUCUGGGGCAAGACCAAGUAUGGCGAUAAGAAGACAUCCAGAGAAAAGCUGAUCUGUGGUGCUGAUUCCAUGGAUGGAGACUAUGGAGACACUGGGCCAUUGCUGGGAGAUGCAGGUCAGGAAAACAUGUCGCCGCCAUGCAGUCCUGAUCUGACGUUGGAUCGAGGGUUCAGAGACUUGAAGGAGAACAAGGAGCCGUCUCCUAAAGUGAAGCGACGGCGGAGCGUUAAGAUCAGCAGCGUGGCUCUGGAACCAGCUCAGUGGCAGAACGACGCCCUGCAGAUCCUCACCUGCACCAACGACUACAGGAGCAUGAACGACUUCCUAAUGAAGAAGAUCAAUGACUUGGACACGGAGGACAGCAAGAAGGACACCAUGGUGGACGUUGUGUUUAAAAAGGCUCUGAAGGAAUUCCGACUAAACAUCUUCAACUCUUACUCCACAGCACUCGCAAUGGACGAUGGGAAAAGCAUCCGCUACAAAGACCUUUACGCUCUGUUUGAGCACAUCUUGGAGAAGACCAUGCGGCAGGAGCAGAGGGACUGGAGGGAGUCUCCUGUCAAAGUGUGGGUCAACACCUUCAAAGUCUUCCUGGAUGAGUUCAUGACUGAGUACAAACCUAUGGACAGUGCAGUCACCAAGCCGGUACCGAAACCUGAGCGUAAAAAACGGAGGAAGAAGGACGCAGACAUUGUGGAGGAGCAUAAUGGCCACAUCUUCAAGUCCACACAGUACAGCAUCCCCACGUACUGCGAGUACUGCUCGUCGCUCAUCUGGAUGAUGGACCGCGCCUGCGUCUGCAAAUUGUGCCGCUACGCCUGCCACAGAAAGUGCUGCCAGAAGACGACCACCAAAUGCAGCAAGAAGUUUGAUCCGGAGCUUUCCUCCAGACAGUUCGGAGUGGAAGUUUCUCGUCUGACUAAUGACGAGAGGACGGUGCCGCUGGUAGUGGAGAAGCUCAUCAACUACAUCGAGAUGCACGGCCUCUACACCGAAGGAAUUUACAGAAAAUCCGGCUCCACCAACAAAAUCAAGGAGCUGAAGCAGGGCCUCGACACAGAUGUGGACAGCAUGAAUCUGGACGACUACAACAUCCACGUCAUUGCGAGCGUCUUCAAGCAGUGGCUGAGAGACCUGCCCAACCCUCUGAUGACAUUUGAGCUUUACGAGGAGUUCAUACGCGCCAUGGGUUUGCAGGAUAAAAAGGAAAUGAUCAGAGGAGUAUAUUCAGUCAUCGACCAGCUCAGCAGAACUCACCUAAACACUCUGGAGCGCCUCAUAUUUCAUCUUGUCAGGAUCGCCUUGCAAGAGGACACAAACCGUAUGUCUGCUAAUGCCUUGGCUAUAGUUUUCGCUCCCUGCAUCCUCCGCUGCCCCGACACCAUCGAUCCACUGCAGAGUGUUCAGGACAUCAGCAAGACGACAGCGUGUGUAGAACUCAUCAUUUGUGAACAGAUGAAUAAGUACAAAGUGCGACUAAAGGACAUCAACACGUUGGAGUUUGCUGAGAAUAAGGCCAAGUGCAAACUGACCCUCAUUCGACGGUCGAUGGGAAAAGGCCACGUACAGCGACUAAGCUACCACACUCCCUCACCUCCGGUCAGUCCUCGGCUGCCGUCUGUGGCCGACGCCGUCAUCGAAGAGAGUGGCGGUGAAGAAGGAGCAGAAUCAUUCACCGAAAUCUCAGAGCAUCAGCAGGCCGCCAUGCAGCAGGAAGAGAGGGUGUUGACGGAACAAAUAGAAAACCUGCAGAAAGAGAAAGAGGAGUUGACUUUCGAGAUGCUGACUCUGGAGCCACGAGCAUCAGAUGAUGAGACCCUGGAGUCAGAGGCCUCUAUCGGUACAGCUGACAGCUCUGAAAACCUCAACGUGGACUCUGAGGAAACCAUUUCUGACUUCUCUGAGCGCGGUCCAGCGUUGACUUCCCCCUGGCCACGGAGAUCUGACGGUAAAAGCCCCCGGCGCCGAGGUCUCCGCCGGCAGCCCGAUUCCUUGGACUCUGUAGACUCUUGCUCCAGUGUUUCCUCCUACUCCUCGUCGUCACACUACCACCCUUCGUCCGCCUCCUCCUCGUCCGCCACCACCACCCGGCGCUUUCGUUUCCAUUCCAAAUCUCCUACUGUGGGCUCGGGUCCAGCCCAGGCCCAGGCUCUGAACACAUCUCAAGCCACUCGAGCCGACAGCUUAGACAGCAGCCCUACAGCAGAUCAGGACGGCACAUAUGAUGAAAGGCCCCAGUUCACCAGCCGAGGCACCUUCAAUCCAGAGAAGGGUAAACAGAAACUUAAGGGGGCCCGACAUUCAACCCUGAGGCACUCCAGAGAAGAAGGCGGCCACGGCAGGGACCCUCCAGACAUACCGCAGCAUGUGGUGUUGUACGGCAGUAAUGAAUUCAUGGUAUGAAGGACACUGGGACACCAAAGCACUCCCUAUUCAACUCCCUGGCAGGCGUAUAUGUUCUCAAUGGGAGGUAACGUAAUGGCAACUGACCUCCUCUCCUCAAAGCACUCUUGCUUAGCCUUUCUUUGUCGAAGUCUGCAAAGAAGUGUCCCCAAGUGCCGUGUACAGUGUUUCCACCUCCAGAGGGAGGCGGUGGAGGGGAGGGACCAGAAAUCAGUGGAAGGGCUCCUCUUCUGUGGACUAAACUGCCACCAAUGCUCCCACAGUGCCUUGGCAGCUCUUUACUCAGCGCCGACACUGAGCAGGAGGACAGAGAAAAGGGAACGUUGGAAUAUGCGGAAGACCACUCAGCAUCAGGGAACGUUACAGAGCUGGAAAGCUGAAGCGAAUAAGAAGAAACCAGGCACCCUCACGGAUAUCACAGUGGACUUAAAGCUCCGAUCUAUUAGCUGCUUAAUGAGUUUACAGUUCAUAACAAUCAGUGUAAGCAGUGGAUGCUCUGUUAUUACGAAAUGAUUUUUCCCUUAUUUAAUAAAUUUUAAUGUCACAGAAAUUCUUUAUAGCAUAUAAUAUACAGGUAUAAAUACUGUACAAAGCCGGAACACCAGCCUCUGCUGGGUAGUUGAAGUCAAAUAUUUAUCUUUUCUUUUUUUUUUGAGUAUCUUGGAGAGAGAUGAUUUGGGCAGUGGAUGCUACAUUUGUGUGUGUGCAUGUGCCAAGCGCUCAUGCCUGACUGUAUGUAUGUGUGAGAAAGAGAAAAAAAACCACUUCAUGUGUUUUAAGUUUGUGCUGCUUUUUUGUUUCCCUUCCAAGGGAAAUACCGCCAUCAAAGGGACCAAGUCAGCUGGUGUGUACUCCAGCCAAAGGGGAUCCCAGCUCUUUAAAGAAUGUCGGACGUGUAUUAAAAACUCCUGCAUUCACUGCUUAACAGCCAUACAACAAUUGUAAUGUACAGUACAGUACAUAUGUACAGUAUAGUGGACAAAUGCCAUUCUAUUCUUGAAAUCUAUUGUUACCCACCCACUCCCAAAGCCAUCCCCUCCUGUCUUUAAAGUGUUUGCUCAAUAGCAACCAAGCAAGAACAUAAAACCUCCAUGUCUUCUGUCGUUAUUA